AUGGCUGUUGACUUACGUCGACGUUAUCAAGAAUUUCGAGUGGGUGAUGAUGUAAUGAUCAGAAUCAGACCUGAACGGUUUCCAUCAGGAGCCGUUAGGAAAUUGCACGCCCGAAGUAUGCGUCCAUACAAAAUUCUGAAACGGGUUGGAUCUAAUGCAUAUGUGGUGGAUAUUCCAAGUGAUUUUGGGAUUAAUCCAGUUUUUAAUGUAGAAGACUUAGUUGCCUACCGAGGUCCGACAACUAUUCCUGCAGACCCAUUCAAUGAACCUGACACUGACCUCACAUCCAACUUUGAGACCAUAUCUCCUACUCCUGUCUUGCCUCCUGUACCUUUUUCUCCGCAGAUCACAGACACAAUGGAACAGAUUUUGGACGAUCAGAUUGUCAGUACGCAGAACGGUGGUUAUCAGCGAUAUCUGGUCAGAUGGCAUGGUCGACCUCCGUCAGAUGAUACCUGGAUUAGCAGAAAUGAGCUCCAGCGACUUGCUUCAGACCUGUUGGAGCAUUACCAGACAUCCGUUUCGCCAGAGGCGAACUUUUCUCAGCUGAGGGGAGUUGGUGGGGACACAGACCACCGUUUCCAGCAUGUGUAUAGGCGUCGCCGGCGUACAUAG